AUGCGGUGGCGUGACCUGAAUUUAAUUUCAGGUGUAACCGCGUAUCCAGGACGAGGAGGCCAGGUGCUUGGCUUAAGGAAUAAACGUCUAUAUCGGCAGUUUCAACCGAAAGAGGAGUGGUUCGACUACGAGGAUCAGUCGUUUGAUUACAAUCGGGUGGAUAAGGAUAUGCCUUGGGAUCCGGAGAUCUCGAAACGGAUGGAUCGAUAUCCGACCAAGAAAUAUCACCUGUCAACGAAGGCGUUCAAGAGGAUUGCAACGAAAAAAACCGAGACCAUGAGUAUGGCUGAUAGUUAA